AUGGAGGCAAACGACCAUUUUAACUUUACUGGCCUUCCCCCUGCACCUGCUGCCUCAGGACUGAAACCCUCUCCCUCCUCAGGGGAGGGCCUCUACACUAACGGGUCUCCCAUGAACUUCCCCCAGCAAGGGAAAAGUUUGAAUGGGGAUGUGAAUGUUAAUGGCUUAUCUACUGUAUCUCACACUACUACUUCAGGGAUUUUGAACUCUGCUCCCCACUCCUCCAGCACCUCACACCUCCAUCACCCCAGCGUGGCCUACGACUGUCUCUGGAACUACUCACAGUACCCAUCUGCCAAUCCUGGCAGCAACCUCAAGGACCCACCCCUUCUCUCCCAGUUCUCGGGGGGACAAUACCCACUCAACGGCAUCCUUGGGGGCAGCCGGCAACCUUCAUCCCCAAGUCACAACACUAACCUUCGGGCUGGGAGCCAAGAGUUCUGGGCCAACGGUACCCAGAGUCCCAUGGGGCUUAACUUCGACUCACAGGAACUGUAUGAUUCCUUUCCUGACCAGAAUUUUGAGGUGAUGCCCAAUGGACCCCCUAGUUUUUUCACCUCCCCACAGACUUCUCCUAUGUUGGGAUCCAGCAUCCAGACCUUUGCACCCUCCCAGGAGGUAGGCAGUGGUAUCCAUCCCAGUGAGGCGGCAGAAAAGGAGCUGACUUCAGUUGUGGCAGAGAAUGGCACUGGCUUGGUAGGCAGCCUGGAGCUGGAAGAAGAGCAGCCAGAACUGAAGAUGUGUGGCUACAAUGGCUCUGUCCCUUCUGUGGAAUCAUUACACCAAGAGGUCUCAGUCUUGGUCCCUGACCCCACAGUGAGCUGCUUAGAUGAUCCUUCACAUCUUCCUGAUCAACUGGAAGACACUCCAAUCCUCAGUGAAGUCUCUCUGGAGCCCUUCAACCCUCUGGCACCGGAGCCAGUGAGUGGAGGACUCUAUGGUAUAGAUGACACGGAGCUGAUGGGUACAGAGGACAAGCUGCCUCUUGAGGACAGCCCUGUGAUUUCUGCCCUUGAUUGCCCUUCCCUCAAUAACGCCACUGCCUUCAGUCUCCUGGCAGAUGAUAGUCAAACUUCAGCCUCUAUCUUUGCCAGCCCCACCUCUCCACCUGUCCUUGGGGAGUCUGUCCUGCAAGAUAACACCUUUGACCUGAACAAUGGUAGUGAUGCAGAACAGGAAGAAAUGGAGACUCAGUCUUCAGACUUCCCACCAUCUCUGACCCAGCCAGCCCCUGACCAGUCAUCCACUAUUCAGCUCCAUCCAGCAACUUCACCAGCAGCCCCACCAACAGCCUCCCCGGCAGUCUCCCUGGCAGUUUCGCCAGCAGCCUCCCUGGAAAUCUCUCCAGAAGUCUCCCCAGCAGUUUCGCCAGCAGUCUCCCCAGAAGUUUCUCCAGUCAUCUCCCCAGCAGCAUUCCCAGCUGUCUCUCCAACUUCCUCAGCAGCCCUUCCACCAGUCUCCUCAGAAGUCUCCUUGACGGCCUCCCCGGUGACCUCCCCAAAAGUGUCCCCUGCAGCUUCCCCAGCAGCUGUCCUCCCAACAGCCUCCCCGGCAGAUAAAGAUGUCAGCAGCCUCCCUGAAACCACUGCUGACCUGGAGGAAAUCACUGGAGAAGGAGUCACUACUUCUGGUAGUGGUGAUGUCCUGAGGAGACGUAUUGCUACCCCAGAAGAAGUUCGUCUUCCCCUCCAGCAUGGGUGGCGGAGAGAGGUGCGCAUCAAGAAGGGUAGCCACCGAUGGCAGGGGGAGACAUGGUAUUAUGGCCCCUGUGGGAAGAGGAUGAAACAGUUCCCAGAAGUGAUCAAGUACCUGAGCCGCAACGUGGUACACAAUGUCCGUCGUGAGCACUUCAGUUUCAGUCCCCGUAUGCCUGUUGGAGAUUUCUUUGAAGAGAGAGACACGCCAGAGGGCUUGCAGUGGGUGCAGCUCUCAGCAGAGGAGAUCCCUUCCAGGAUUCAGGCAAUUACGGGGAAACGGGGCCGACCUCGAAACACUGAGAAGGCCAAGACUAAGGAAGUCCCCAAGGUGAAACGGGGACGAGGUCGGCCACCGAAGGUCAAAAUCACCGAGCUGUUGAAUAAGACAGAUAACCGCCUCCUAAAGAAACUGGAGGCCCAAGAAACACUGAAUGAGGAAGAUAAAGCAAAGAUGACUAAAAUCAAGAAGAAGAUGAAGCAGAAGGUACAACGAGGAGAGUGUCAGUCUACUGUCCAAGGGCAGGCCAGAAACAAGCGGAAACAAGAGACCAAGAGCUUAAAGCAGAAGGAAGCUAAGAAGAAACCCAAGGUGGAGAAGGAGAAGAUAAAGACAAAGCAGGAAAAACUGAAGGAGAAAGUGAAGAGAGAGAAGAAAGAGAAGGUAAAAUUGAAGGAAAAGGAGGAAGUGGCCAAAGGCAAGUCAGCCUGUAAAGCAGAUAAAACGCUGGCCAUGCAGAGGCGCUUGGAGGAGCGGCAGAGGCAGCAGAUGAUCUUGGAGGAGAUGAAGAAGCCCACAGAGGAUAUGUGUCUGACUGACCAUCAGCCUCUACCUGACUUCUCACGCAUCCCUGGUCUGAUCCUGCCCAGUGGGGCCUUCUCAGACUGCUUGACCAUCGUGGAAUUCCUGCACAGCUUCGGCAAGGUGCUGGGCUUUGACCCUGCCAAAGAUGUACCCAGCCUGGGGGUCCUACAGGAGGGACUCCUGUGUCAAGGCGACAGCCUGGGUGAGGUGCAAGAUCUGCUGGUGCGGCUCCUGAAGGCUGCGCUCUAUGAUCCUGGCUUGCCUUCCUACUGUCAGUCCUUAAAGAUCUUGGGAGAGAAGGUGUCUGAGAUCCCACUGACAAGAGACAAUGUGUCUGAGAUCCUGCGCUGCUUCCUCAUGGCGUAUGGAGUGGAGCCAGCCCUCUGUGACAGCCUGCGCACCCAGCCUUUUCAGGCCCAGCCACCCCAGCAGAAGGCUGCUGUCCUGGCCUUCCUUGUACAUGAGCUCAACGGUUCCACGCUCAUCAUCAAUGAGAUUGACAAGACUCUGGAGAGUAUGUCCAGCUACAGGAAAAACAAGUGGAUUGUCGAAGGCCGGCUCCGGAGACUGAAAACUGCUCUGGCCAAGCGAACUGGGCGACCGGAGGUAGAGAUGCAAGGGCCAGAGGAGGGCCUGGGGCGGAGGCGCAGUUCUCGAAUCAUGGAGGAGACCAGUGGCAUGGAGGAAGAGGAAGAGGAAGAGACUGUGGCGACUGUCCAUGGCCGUAGGGGUCGAAGAGAUGGAGAGGUUGAUGCCACAGCAUCAAGCAUCCCAGAGCUAGAGCGCCAAAUAGAAAAACUCAGCAAGCGUCAGCUCUUCUUUCGAAAAAAGCUGCUUCAUUCAUCCCAGAUGCUUCGGGCAGUCUCCCUGGGUCAGGACCGCUACAGACGCCGCUAUUGGGUCUUGCCCUAUUUGGCUGGUAUCUUUGUGGAAGGAACAGAGGAGAGCUUAGUUCCUGAGGAUGUGAUAAAGCAGGAAACUGACUCCUUAAAAGUGGCAGCCCAUCCAGCCCCCAGCCCAGCCCCCUUCUCUCUGAAGAAGGAGUUAGCUGGCUCCAGCACCUCUGCCAGUACUCCUGCCCGGGCCCGAGGCCGACCUCGGAAAACUAAGCCUGGGUCUAUGCAACCUAGGCACCUUAAAUCCCCUGUUAAGGGUCAGGGUUCAGAACAGCCUGAUGCCCAGCUUCAGCCUGAAAUUCAGCCCCAUCCUCAGCUUCAGGCUCAUGCUCAGCCCCAACCCCAGCUUCAGCUCCAUCCCCAAUCCCAAAAUGGGUUCCUGGAGCCAGAAGGCUCCCCCUUGUCCUUGGGUCAGAGCCAGCAUGACCUCAGCCAGUCAGCCUUCCUGUCUUGGCUGAGCCAGACUCAGAGCCAUGGCUCCCUACUGAGCAGCUCAGUCCUCACACCUGACAGCAGCCCUGGAAAACUGGACCCAACCCCAACACAGCCCUUGGAGGAGCCAGAGCCUGAUGAGGCAGAAUCCAUCCCCGAUUCUCAAGCUCCCUGGUUUAACUUCUCAGCCCAGAUGCCUUGCAAUGCUGCCCCUACACCACCCCCUGCAGUUUCUGAGGACCAGCCUACACUCUCCCCUCAGCAACCUGCCUCCUCCAAGACAAUGAGUAGACCCAGUGCUGCCAACCCCUGUUCUCCAGUGCAGCUCUCUUCUACCCCUUUACCUGGGAUGGCCGCUAAGAGGCGAGCAGGAGACCCUGGGGGAACACCACAGAGUCUCACAGGGCUAGGACAGCCAAAACGGAGAGGGAGACCCCCCAGUAAGUUCUUCAAACAGAUAGAGCAGCGUUAUCUAACCCAGCUGACUGCCCAGCCCGUCCCCACAGAGAUGUGCUCUGGAUGGUGGUGCAUCCAAGAUCCUGAGACACUGGAUGCCACGCUCAAGGCCCUGCACCCCCGAGGCAUCCGAGAAAAGGCACUUCACAAACACCUAAACAAGCACAGGGACUUCUUACAGGAAGUCUGCCUACGACCUUCAACUGACCCCAUCUUUGAGCCCAGUCAGCUACCUGCCUCUCAAGAAGGGAUUAUGAGCUGGUGCCCCAAAGAGAAGACCUAUGAGACAGACCUGGCCGUGCUUCAGUGGGUAGAGGAGCUGGAACAGCGGGUUAUCCUGUCUGAUCUGCAGAUUCGGGGCUGGACCUGUCCCAGCCCAGACUCUACUCGUGAAGACUUGUCCUACUGUGAGCAUCUACCUGACUCUCAGGAGGAUAUCACCUGGAGAGGUCGAGGUAGGGAAGGACUGGCACCCCAGCGUAAAACUACCAACCCUCUGGACCUGGCUGUGAUGCGGCUGGCUGCCCUGGAGCAGAAUGUGGAGCGGCGGUAUCUACGGGAGCCCCUCUGGCCAGCUCAUGAGGUGGUGCUAGAGAAGGCCUUGCUCAGCACGCCCAGUAGUGCCCCCCAGUGCACCACUACAGAGAUAUCAUAUGAGAUCACCCCUCGCAUUCGAGCAUGGCGACAGACCCUUGAGCGGUGCAGGAGCGCGGCCCAGGUGUGCUUGUGCCUGGGCCAGCUGGAGAGGUCGAUUGCCUGGGAGAAGUCCGUCAACAAAGUGACCUGUCUCGUCUGCCGGAAGGGUGACAAUGAUGAGUUUCUUCUGCUUUGUGAUGGGUGUGACCGCGGCUGCCACAUUUACUGCCAUCGGCCCAAGAUGGAGGCUGUCCCAGAAGGAGAUUGGUUCUGUGCAGUAUGUUUGGCCCAGCAGGUAGAGGGAGGAUUCACUCAGAAGCCUGGUUUCCCAAAACGAGGCCAGAAGCGGAAAAGUAGUUAUGAGCUGAACUUCCCAGAGGGGGAUGGCCGCCGACGCCGGGUACUGUCAAGGGGUCGAGAAAGCCCAGCGGCGCCCCGCUACUCAGAAGAAGGGCUAUCCCCCUCCAAGCGGCGGCGACUCUCCAUGCGGAACCACCACAGUGAUCUCACAUUUUGCGAGAUUAUCUUGAUGGAGAUGGAGUCCCAUGACGCAGCUUGGCCUUUCCUGGAGCCCGUGAACCCACGUUUGGUGAGCGGGUACCGGCGCAUUAUCAAAAACCCUAUGGAUUUUUCCACCAUGCGGGAGCGACUGCUCCGGGGAGGGUACACCAGCUCGGAGGAGUUCGCGGCAGACGCACUCCUGGUCUUUGACAACUGCCAGACCUUCAAUGAGGAUGACUCUGAAGUGGGCAAGGCUGGGCACAUCAUGCGCCGCUUCUUCGAGAGCCGCUGGGAGGAGUUUUAUCAGGGAAAACAGGCCAAUCUGUGA